ACUAAGUUUCCCUUCUUGGAAGGAGAAGACAAAGAAGAAAUACCAUAAAAUCAUAGAGAUGGGAAGAUCUCCUUGCUGUGAUGAAAGUGGUUUGAAGAAGGGUCCUUGGACAACCGAGGAAGAUCAGAAGCUUGUUAACCACAUUCAAAAAUAUGGUCAUGCAAGCUGGAGGGCACUUCCAAAACUUGCAGGACUCAACAGGUGUGGCAAAAGUUGCAGGUUAAGGUGGACGAACUACUUGAGACCUGACAUUAAAAGAGGAAAGUUUUCCAAAGAGGAAGAACAAACAAUUCUUGAUCUCCAUGCCAUCCUCGGAAACAAAUGGUCCGCAAUAGCAAGUCACAUACCUGGUAGGACAGAUAAUGAAAUAAAGAAUUUUUGGAACACUCAUCUGAAGAAGAAGCUGAUUCAAAUGGGUUAUGAUCCAAUGACACACCAGCCUCGAACUGAUGAUGUUCUCACAGGCUUGUCUCAUCUCAUAGCACUGGCUAACCUGAAACAACUUUUGGACAAUCAGCAUCAACCAUGGGAACAGAACCUUGCAAGGCUUCAACAAGAGGCCAUCCAAUUAGCCACCCUCCAAAGCUUACAACAACACCUCCUGCACCCACAAUUCACUGAGGCAGAUCUUAACUCAGUUAAUAGCAUGACAAACAGUACCUUCAUGAUGAACCACGACAACGACAACGUCAAUGUUUCAAAUGAUACCAGUGCUAUGUCAUGUAAUGGAAUUGGCAGAGUCCAAUUGGCUAAUGAUUCCACCCCUUUCUCUCACAUGCCUGAGUUGAAAACACCACCUUCUUCUUCUGUUGAAUUGAGUGAUAAGGACAUGGUUCAAUUACAUCAAGGAGAAAAUUACCCUAAUUCUCCGUGGCUUUUUUCGUGUUCUAGCACUACCCCUUCUUCUCCUUCUUCCCAUGUUGUUCCACCAGUGACGUCGGAGGUUUCAUUCACUAAUGUGGACGAUAAUUGCACCGUUUGGCCAGAGAUCCUGCUAGAGGACCCUUUGUUCAGAAUGAUUUCCUAGUUUCAGAUUACUCCGUGUAAUGUCACAGACUGGAAUACAGUGCUAUAGUCAUAAUUUUUUUAAUAUCGAUGUGUGUUUGUUUACAUGCAUAUACCUUGUACUCUCUUUUAUAAAUUUUUAUUUAUUUUUUCAU